CCAGAAUAAAACCCUACAACCUCUGCUUCACAAAGGAAGCAUUCUCUGGAUAAUUUGCCAUGGCUCCUAAGACGUGUCAAAUGUUGGUGUCUGCUCUGCUGUUUACAGCCUCUCUUUCAGGUGUCCUUGGAGCACCUUUUCUGACAGAAGACUCAGCAAAUCAAUUCAUCCGACUCAAGCGGCAGAUACCAUACUCGCAGAGCUACUGGGACCCCAGCAGCAGCCAGAGUGCAUGGGGACACACCAUGGCUGAACAGUUUAGUGAAUCGUGGACAGCUUUGAGAAACACAGCACAAUAUUACAUGGACUGGAGUUCUUUGGCCUUUGAUCCUUCAGUUGCCAGUGACACCAUCAAGUCUUACAUGGACAUGUUCCAGCAGUCUGGGACUCACCUACAGCAACAGACAAGAAUGAGCUAUUGAA